AUGUUUAUAUUUCUAUUACUGUUUAAUCUACAUAAUAUACAUUUAAAAGGUGAAACUGGUGUAGAUGAGAAACUUACAACGGAUAAAGGAGCAGAAGAACCAACUGCUGGAACAACUGGUGAUCAAAAAGUGUCAAACCCCAAAGAAGAGUUGCAAGAAUCAAAUAUAGAAAGUGGAACACCAAGUAAAAAAAAUGAACAAGCAAUUAAUGGCAAAGAAAGUACUGCAACUAGUGUUGGACAAGAAAGUAAACAAACAAUAGCUGAAGGAGGAAGUUCAAUAACUAAGGAAGAUAAAGGGACAGGAAGUGGUAUAACAGGACAACCAGAGACAGGUGAUAAAAAAACAGAAAGUACUGAAACAAAAACAGACGCACAAAGAGUCACUGAAGCAGAAGGCACAGACAGUAAAGUUUCAGGAGUUGGUAAAACAAAUGAUAAUGAAGGUCCAGAAAAAGCGAAACAAGAAACCGAAGAAAAAGAUGGUAAAGCAGCAGAUAGUCAUGACAAUGGAAAUACAAAUCCAGUAACAAAUACAGAAAAUACAGGAAAUGUAGAUAAAGGAGACACUAAAAAAGAUGAAACAGUAGAUCAUAACAAAACAGGAAAAGGAGAAGUAUCUACAAAAGAUAGUGGAACAGGAAGUUCUGAACAAAGCCAACAAGGUGAAAAACCUGGAUCAGCUGAUAAUAAUGAACAAGAAAAUAAGGGAACAGAUGGUUCUAAUACAUCAGGGAAAGAAGGGCAAAAUGGAAGUGCUGGAGAAAAUGGAAAAGAUGAUAAAGGAAGCACCGAACAAAGUCCAAAUAAUGGACAAAAAGAACAACCAAAUAAAGAUGGACCAACUGGAGAAGAUAAAAAGGAUGAUGGUAAAGGAGAUAGUGAAGAAAAUGGAAAAGACAGUAAAGGAACUGAUGAACAAAAAGAUGGAAUGAAUAAUCAAAAUGGACAAAAAGAUAAAGGAAAUAAAGAAACAGACAAUAAAACAACAAGUAGUUCCGAUAGUUCAGAAAGUAAAUCAGACGAUGAUUUAAACAAUCACAAGAAUAUUGAUAGUGCGUUAUGUACAUUUAUUAUGCUUGGUAUUGCUGUUACAUUUUUAUUCUUCUAA